AUGGCAGCCUCUGGAUCAUCUGCAGCAUUGAUCAAAGACUCCACCUUCGAUAUCACAGAACGUGAAAAAGACAUUAUUGAUAAAGCCUUUUCUCGGCUGGACCGUAAUGGCGACAGGCGGAUAUCACGUGACGAACUCAAGGCUGGUAUGAUUCACCUCGGGGAGACGCCCACCAAAGCGAGGCUAGAGGAACUAUUCGGGUCUAUAGACGUAAACGCUAACGGCUACAUUGACCAGGAUGAGUUUAAAACGAUGAUGGCAGAGAGGUUCAUUGAGGAUAGGUUAAAGAAAACUUAUACUCACAUUGCCUUCAAGAUGCUGGACAAAAACAACGACGGCUUUAUCACACCUGAAGAAAUUAAUCAGGUUGUGAAUGAUGUAGGACUUGACUUGCCGUCUGGCGGUAUGGCUGAGAUGCUGAGAGACGCAGACACUAACAAUGACGGCAAAAUUAACUACAAAGUUAUUGAUAAAGCCUUUUCUCGGCUGGACCGUAAUGGCGACGGGCGGAUAUCACGUGAUGAACUCAAGGCUGGUAUGAUUCACCUAGGGGAGACGCCCACCAAAGCGAGGUUAGAGGAACUAUUCGGGUCUAUAGACUUAGACGCUAACGGCUACAUCAGCCAGGAUGAGUUUAAAACGAUGAUGGCAGAGAGGUUCAUUGAGGAUAGGUUAAAGAAAACUUAUACUCACAUUGCCUUCAAGAUGCUGGACAAAAACAACGACGGCUUUAUCACACCUGAAGAAAUUAAUCAGGUUGUGAAUGAUGUAGGACUUGACUUGCCGUCUGGCGGUGUGGCAGAGAUGCUGAGAGAAGCAGACACUAACAAUGACGGCAAAAUUAACUACAAAGAGUUCUCUAAGGCGUUGUGGAGGAGGACAUCCAGUAACAACCUGAAUCCGUCAUCCUCGUGA